AGGAACAAAGGGAGGGAGGAGCCAAGGGAGGAAGAGUACUGGGAGGAAGCUCUAGAAAGGCUGAUCUGGGGACCUGGGUAGAGGACUUUUUCCAAGGCUUCCAGGUCAAAGGAAGAAGCCUUAUCAGGGACUGCCUGGCCAUGCCAAGGCCAUGUCCCUGCACCCGGACUGGGCGAGCCGGUCCCGAAAGGUUGGCCCUUGAGCCCAAGGGGAUAAAGGAAAGGGCCUGGGAUUUUUCCGAGGAGGGACAGACCAGAGUUCACAAAGCCCAUCUCUGCACUAGUCAGGGAUUUGAGGUAGUAGAGAAGGAAAUAUUUAGCUGAGCUAUAGCCCACCUUCCCUCUCCCUGGACUCAGAGCAGCACAGGGUAGAAACACUGCACAUAAGGAACAUUUUUAUUCAUCUCUAAAGUCCGGGCUACCCUUUCCUCCAAUGCCAUUAAGGGUGCUGUGGGUGGUGGCGGCUCAGGUCUUCAUCCUGAUAGAAGGGAGGCUGCGGGAGGGGCUUAGGAACUGGGUCACCUAGAACAAACUGUUUCAUCUUUUUGGACGUAAGUUUUUCCACCUGUAAGAUGUGGCUCAUAAUACUUUAUAACACCCCCAAACACUGAGUCUGGAACCAGGCACAGGGACAGAGCUUACUGGGUGUUCCUUUGCUCCUUUUCUCUUUCUCCCGGACAUCUCCAGUGAGGCCUCCCAGCAUCUGGUCUUAGGAUGGCUGAGCAGCGAGGCCGGGAGCCUGAGGCUGAGUGCCCUGUCUGUUGGAACCCCUUCAACAACACAUUCCACACCCCCAAAAUGCUGAACUGCUGCCACUCCUUCUGCGUGGAAUGCCUGGCCCACCUCAGCCUGGUGACUCCGGCCCGGCGCCGACUGCUGUGCCCACUAUGUCGCCAGCCCACUGUGCUGGCCUCGGGGCAGCCCGUCACUGACCUGCCCACCGACACUGCCAUGCUUACCUUGCUCCGCCUGGAGCCCCACCACGUCAUCCUGGAAGGCCGUCAGCUCUGGCUCAAGGACCAGCCCAAGAGCCGCUACUUCCUGCGCCAGCCUCGGGUCUACACGCUGGACCUAGGCCCUGAGCCUGGGAGCCAGGCCAGACCCCCUCAGGACAUGGCCCCUGCUACCGUGACUAUGCCCACCCCCAUCCCCAGUCACUAUUCUCUGCGGGAGUGUUUCCGCAACCCUCAGUUCCGGAUGUUUGCCUACCUGAUGGCUGUCAUCCUCAGCGUCACUCUGCUGCUCAUAUUUUCCAUCUUUUGGACCAAAAAGUUCCUUUGGGGUGCGGGGUGAGCUCUCUAUUCCCUGACAAGAAGCCAAGCCUUUCUCGGUUGCUGCUCCAGAGACUCAAAUUUGCUGCUGGGUGUGGGCACUGCAGAGCCUCUUUGGUAUCUUCCUUUGUAGUAUUGUUCAUUUUACAAUCCAGGGAUCAGUUAGACCAUGUAUUUCUUUCUGAGAACAGAGAGGGCCCUACUGUGAGAGCCUCUGAAAGCUAAAGGACUGCUAGAAGAUGUGGAGGGGCCACUGGGUGAGAACCAUGGGGUCACAGCAGGGCAGAGAAGCAGAGCUGUGACCACAGAGCUACACAGCUAGUUGUGCCAAAGGGCUGGACAAUGGUACCCAGGAAACUGACUAGCCCAAACAGCAAGUUGCAUUUCUCAUUGGAGCUGCCUUGAACUCAGUUUGUGUUGCUAGAAAAUUUAAGGGUGAGCUUUAAUUCUGUGGGUAAAUGUGUCUCCCUGUCUCCCCUUCUCAGCUUUCUCUUUGGAUGCCUUGUCACCGGCUCCAGUAAAAGUGGUCUGCAUUCAUUAAUUUACUCACUUAUUCAUUCAACAACCAUUUACUGGGCUGGCACUGAGUACCAGAACUAGGGAAAGAGAAGGUAGGAUUAUCUAGGAGUGGCAGACAGCCCUUACCAGCAGGAAGGGCAUGCUCAGCCAGCUGAUUCUUGUACAAGAGAACCUCUGGUCAGUAUGGAGUAUGGGGAGUUUUAGGAGGAGAUUAUGUAUAUAUAUACCAUACAUACACACAUAUAUAUAUAUAUCAAGUUGAAAGUUGAGAGAAGUCAGGGUCAGUGGAUUAAAAGACACCUGGGAAUUAGAGGGAGGCCCUUUUAAUUCUCCUGGUAGGUGCUGGGUCCUGAUGUGACUGGGUGCAGGGUGAAGCUGCCUCCCCAUCCCCAAGCACUGUAAUUCUAGCCUUAUGUGGCAAAGCCCCAGCUCCCGUCCCAGCAGGCAGGGAGAGACUAGUUUUCACUUUACAUCAGAGUCUAGCAGCCAGUGAAAACUAUAGCAAGAAUUUGGAUGUUUGGGCUGGUUAAAACACCACCACAAUAGGAAAAAACAACAUUUUGAGAUUUUUUUUUUUGCUUUGUAGAGUAAGCUUUCAGAAGCCAGAAACCGAGUCAGUUUUACUUGCUCUGCGUAACACUUUGUGAAUGUAACGGAUCUAGCUUCUAUAAAUUCCCCUUAGGGGUCUUAAUGUACAAGAUAUUUCAAAGUAGCCAAGA